AUGGGUGAACAAGACAAGUUGUUUACAGGUUUGUGUAUCUCUUCUACAGGACUAGAGCUAGACGUCAAGCAACAAGUGCGCAAGAUCAUUGUAUCCUGUGGCGGUCGUUUUGACGAUGAUUUAGAUCCAAAGACCACGACACAUUUAAUUGCGAAAGCCGUAGGCUCUUUAAAAUACCGUGUAGCAGUAUCUAAUUCACUUCGAAUCGCGUCGCCUCGUUGGGUAUUUGAAAGCUUUCGAGCUCAAAAAUUAUUAAAUGUUCAAAGUUUUAAGCUUCAAUUGCUUGAAGGUCUUCGUGUCUGUACGACAGGAUUGACAGUGGAGGAAAAGGAGUCAGUAUCACGGCUAGUCACAACCAAUGGAGAAGGAGCUAAAUACAAUGCUGCAGUCGCGACAAAUAUUCCAAUAGUGCAUCUUGAAACGAAGGACUCAAAGUUACUUCCGACAAAUAUUGCAUCGACUCAACUGAAGGAGACACAGAUUAACGAAGAUUGGAUGGAUCUAUUUGACGGAUGUGUGGUCUACUUUCUCGGAUUUUCUUCACGAUUCCACACUUUAUUACAGCGUCUCAUUCGAACUGUUAGUGCAUCAUUAAGCGAUAAAAAUACGCUGGUGGCGCUUCAAGAGCGUGUGAUUGCUGCAAAUGUAGGAAAUGCAGUGCAUUUUGUCUCAGCUAAUUGGGUCAUUGAUUCUGUCAAGUGUUUAGACUUACAACCGGAAGAACUUUACCCAAUAGAGUUUGACGUAAAUGUUCCAAAGACAAGUCCAGACGCUACAAGUCACUCUUUGAACCCAAGAGAAAAUUCUGUUGUUAUUGAACGAAAUUUUGCAGAUUGUAAUGAAGAAACGAACAGGAAAUUCAAUGCUUCAUCUGAAAAUGCAUCAUGUAAUGUCGAUGAAGCUGAUGCGAUGGAGAAUUCUAAAAAGAACAAGAAAAGUCGCGGUAUUUUUUCAGGAUAUUCUUUCUUACUUUUGUGUCGAGAUCCAGAAGACAAGUAUUUGAUUGAACCAAUGGUAAUGAAAAUUCGAGAUAGUGGUGAUGCCGAAGCUUUUGCUCUUUCUGCAUUGGAUUUUGUACGUUUGGAUCCAGAACACUUUUCUUUUAUCACACAUGCUGUGAUUUGUACUGGUGCUAUAAUGAACGAACCUGAAGCUUUGGAGAUGCAAGAGCGUAUUCAUCAGAUUCAACGUCAAGAACAUUUUAAUCAAGCAGACAAUAAAGCCGACGAUAAUCGAAAAACGCCACGACGAAGGAUGUUGCAAUUUGUAUCGGAUUUAUGGCUCACUUGCUCACUUGCUGCAAAGACAAAGCUGUCCUUUUCUUCUCAUGAGCUCUUUGAAGUCAGUGCGAAUCGACCACGUGCUCUGUUCACGUGUCCAGUUCCAAUUCCCGGCUUUCAUGACGUCAUCGCGUCAACUUCAGUUUAUCUAGAUGUGGAACAACUUGUGGUGAUUCAAUUGCUGGAAAUAGCAGGUGCUCAAGUGACAAGAAAAUUGAGUACUCGGAACACGCAUCUUAUCUGUCGGAAAGCAAUUGGAAUGAAAUUUACAAAGGCUUCCGAAUGGGGUAUUCAUGUGGUGAAAGCACGCUGGAUUGUUGACAGUUUGCUUCAAGGUAAGCGGCUGAAUGAAAACAAUCCAAACUAUCAAGUUGUUGAAGAAGAGGAAGAUCAUUUGUUUUCACAUGCUGCAAAUAAAGACAAUGAAUUGUCACAGUCUUCUCCAUGCUUAUGA